AUGGACCACAACGCCAACCCUCAAUAUUCCGGCAGUCCAAAAGUGCGCGCUUCCUAUACCGCUCAAGAGAAUGCCGACUUGAGAGAAUAUUUAAUGCAAAAAAGAAGAGAAGGGUCGCCCUUGCGCGGCAACCUCAUAUAUUUGAAUUAUCCUGGUUUAAACGGUCGCCACCCUUGGCAAUCUAUUAGAGAUCAUGCAAUAAAAUUUAUUAUGCCAAAGUUGCCUCCUGUGACGGAUGAAAGAGCGAGUGUCUCAACAACGCCAAUGGUCAACGAACAAGAACAAACACAUAAUACUAUCCCUGUCCAAAUAACUAAUCAAGAACUUCAGCAGGAAAUUGAUGCUGAUAAUGCGCCUUCUCUUGUAAUUAGUACUAGCGCAACACCAACUCGUUCUGACAACGGCGAAACUCAAGGAAAGGACGUUGUUCAACAAAACACUUCUAUAUUACAAAUAAACGAUAACCAUGAACUGCGAGAGCAAAAUAGCUUUAAUGUCACACCAAUUAAAUCUGAGUCAGGCGGUGCUUAUAGUACGCCCGUAAAGCAGAUACGAUGUAGCAGGAAUUUGCGUAGUUCUAACGUCACACCAACACGACCUGUUAAUAACAACUAUAGGGAAAGUCAAGAACAAA